ACUUCCCCUGGCCUCCGCCGCAGCCUCCGCCGCGUCCUCCGCGCUAUGACGGCCCACCCGGAGCCUCACCCGAGGCGUCCUGGAAUCGGCGUAGCAGUAGCAGUGACUAGCAGCCGGCAUCCCCGUUGUGUCCUCCUGGGCAAGAGGAAAGGGCUGCUUGGAGGCGGCACUUUUCAACUUCCUGGGGGCCAUUUGGAGUUCGGUGAAACAUGGGAAGAAUGUGCCCAAAGGGAAACCUGGGAAGAAACAGCUCUUCACCUGAAAAAUGUUCGCUUUGCCUCAGUUACAAAUUCCUUUGUUGAGAAAGAAAAUUACCAUUAUGUGACCAUACUAAUGAAAGGAGAGGUGGAUAUGACUCAUAACCCAGAACCAAAGAACACAGAGCCUGAAAAAAAUGAAGGCUGGGAGUGGGUUCCCUGGGAAGAAUUUCCUCCACUGGACCAACUUUUCUGGGCACUGCGUUGUUUAAAGGAACAAGGCUACAAUCCAUUUAAAGAAGAUUUUGAUCAUCUGGCAGGAUACAAAGGAUAUCAUCCAUGGGGGAAGAAGAAAAUAACCUGAUUUAUUUUAAGAAGACAAAAUAAGGCCCUGUUAGAGAAUGAAAAAUAUCUACAUUUCAGGACAAUUCCAUUUUAUCUAAAAAGUUCCCUAUGAUUGUCGGUUUAUUUGCUGUCUCUUAAUAUACCCACCACCCUCUCAGCCAGUACUUGGGAAAAAUUUUCUGGCAUUAUGUCAUGAAUUGCACUGCAGACUCACUGUGAUAAAUGGUGAUAUUGUGGUAAUUCUG